CUGCCUGAACAAGAGGAAGACAUAUUAUCUCCUUCAUUCCCUUUGAGCAUUUUUCGAAUCGGAGAGUUAUGGCUUUAGCUUCUUCAACUGCUAUCUCUGGAUCCAGUUUCUCACGCUCUGGAGCCUCCUCUUCUGAUCCUAAAGCUCUUCAAAUCUGUUCUCUUAGGUUAUUAUCUGAUAAAUCUACUCUCUCCCAGAGACGUUACUCUAUCAAAUCCUUAAAGGCUGAAUCUGUCAUUACUCGAGCUUCAACACUUAUUGUUCCUGAAGUGGAAGAGAAAGAAGAAGAUGCUGAGGAUUUCGAGCAACUUGCAAAAAAACUCGAAGAGGCUUCUCCAUUAGAAAUCAUGGACAAAGCUCUCCAGAAAUUCGGAAGCAACAUUGCAAUUGCUUUUAGUGGUGCUGAAGAUGUUGCACUGAUCGAAUACGCUCGUUUAACGGGAAGGCCCUUUAGGGUAUUCAGCUUAGACACGGGGAGAUUAAACCCUGAAACCUACAGACUCUUCGACGCGGUGGAGAAGCAGUACGGCAUUCGAAUAGAGUACACGUUCCCUGACGCUGUCGAGGUUCAAGCUUUGGUGAGGAACAAGGGUUUGUUCUCUUUCUACGAGGACGGUCACCAAGAGUGUUGCCGUGUGAGGAAAGUAAGACCUCUGCGCCGCGCUCUCAAAGGUCUCAAAGCUUGGAUCACAGGACAGAGGAAAGACCAGUCUCCAGGGACAAGAUCCGAGAUUCCCAUCGUUCAGGUGGAUCCUGUCUUUGAAGGGUUGGACGGUGGUGUUGGGAGUCUUGUGAAGUGGAACCCUUUGGCGAAUGUUGAAGGUGUUGAUGUGUGGAGCUUCUUGAGGACGAUGGAUGUUCCGGUGAAUGCAUUGCACGCGCAAGGGUAUGUCUCUAUUGGGUGUGAGCCGUGCACUAGGCCCGUGCUUCCGGGUCAGCACGAGAGAGAAGGGAGGUGGUGGUGGGAAGAUGCUAAGGCUAAAGAGUGUGGGCUGCAUAAAGGGAACAUCAAGAAGGAAGAUGAUGAUGAUGUCACUGCGGAUUUGGCACCUGCUAUUGUGAAAGAUAUAUUUGAAAGCAGCAAUGUGGUUGCAUUGAGUAGAGGAGGGAUUGAGAAUCUGUUGAAGCUAGGGAACCGUAAAGAGCCGUGGUUGGUUGUGCUUUACGCUCCUUGGUGUCCGUUUUGUCAGGCUAUGGAAGCGUCUUAUGUUGAAUUGGCUGAGAAAGUGGCGGUGAAAGGGGUUAAGGUGGCUAAGUUCAGGGCUGAUGGUGACCAGAAGGAGUUUGCUAAGCAAGAGCUGCAAUUAGGAAGCUUCCCAACGAUACUUCUCUUCCCCAAAAGCGCUCCACGGGCGAUUAAGUACCCGUCAGAGCAUAGAGAUGUCGAUUCGCUUAUGUCGUUUGUGAAUCUUCUCCGGUUUGUGAGGAAGCACGAUGACACGGAACUUGUGGCUGAGCUGAUGGCUAUCCUAACUAGAGCUUGCACUAGUAAGUUCGAUUUCCAUUUUCCUGAAUUGAAAGAUUGGCCUAAUCGCUUCAGCACAGUGGUUAUCGCAUUGCCUUUUGACAUGUAUUCCCUGAUAUUCCAUGGAAGAAAAUCCCUAGAGCUACACAAGUGGCGUAACUUGAGAGUUUCAGUGCAAAAUGUAUUUUCUUUUUCUUCUUCUUCUUCUUCUGCUAGUGCUAGAGAUGGUCCAAAAGGGCAGGUUUUCACUUUCUGUUACCUAGUUGACUCCUUGGGUUUAACUACAACACUCGCAGAAUCAAUCUCAAAGAAAGUCAGCUUCAAGGACAAGGGUAAUCCUGAUUCAGUCCUGAGCCUUCUUAGAAGUUACGGCUUCACAGACUCUCAGAUGUCCAGCAUCAUAACAAACUAUCCACGGCUACUUCUUCUAGAUGCUGAGAAAUGUCUUGGUCCUAAGCUUCAGGUGAUCAAGUCAAUGGAAAGAGGAGCCUCAAGCUCUGAUCACCUCACUGAGACUAUCUCAAAAUUUCCUAAACUCUUGGGAAUGAAAGGGGACAAAACUAUAAGCAGAUACUAUGACGUUGUCAAAGAGACCAUCAAAUCUGGUAAGAGUUCCAAGUUCGAAAAGUUAUGUCAUUCACUACCUCAUGGUUUGCAGCGUAACAAGAUCAGGAACGCAUCUGUUUUGAGAGAUAUAGGAGUUCCUCAGAGGUUGUUAAACCCUUUGCUCGUCUCGGACCACAAACUUGUCUGUGGAGAUGGAAAAUUUAAAGAAACCCUCAAGAAGGUUAUUGACAUGGGUUAUGAUCCGACAAGCAUACAGUUUGUUCAAGCUCUAGGAGCUGCUCAAUGUUUGAGCGACAAGGAGAUAAAAGAGAAAGUCAAGGUCUACGAGAAGUUAGGCUUUUCUGUAAGAGAUGUAUGGGAGAUGUUCCUAAAGUAUCCUAUCUCUCUUAGAUUCUCGGAGGACAAUAUAGCUCAGACGUUUAAAACCUUGCAGAAAUGUGGACUAACAGAAGAAGAGAUCCUCUCAGUGUUCAAGAAGUUUCCGGAAUGCAUUGGUUAUUCAAGGCAGAAGAUAUGGAACUUCCUUAAAACCUCUUUUGGCCUUGGAUUUAACAUUAAUCAGUUUGGGAUGAUGGUCAAGCGCUUCCCUCAAUGUCUUAACAUGUCUGCGGAGAGGGUGAAGAAAAGGACCAAGUUUCUGGCGAAGAAGAAGAAUAAGCUUAUGCUGAGGAAGAUGAAAUGGUCACUAAACGCUGUGGCUUUGUUUCCUCAGGUGCUUGGAGUUAGCAUGGAGAAUAGGAUUGUGCCAAGGUGUAACGUUAUGAAAGCACUCAUGUUGAAAGGGUUGCUCGGAGACAGAGAAAGCAAACUACGUGAUAAGGAAUCUGUCUUGUUAUGUACUGAUGAUGAGUUUUUAAACAGGUUUGUGAGGAAUCAUGAUGACAAGGAGCUUGUGGCUGAGUUAAUGGCUAUCUUCAACAGAGAUUCUGCUUCAUAG